GUGCGUAUUUUUCGAUCAAGCGGUUCACGUUUUUAGUACGUGCAUAUUAGCGCAGCGAGCGGCUCAUUCGUGAAAGCAUAAGCAUAGUGUCGCAAAAGAAAAAUUUAAGUUUCGGUGUGAAAGCGAUAAGAAAAGCAGCCCCGAAAGCGAGUGAGUGAACGAGAGAGCACCAGCACGGAAAGUGAUCGGAAGAGGAAGAAAGAAUAGCGACCAUCUCGUCUCCGGCGACAAGAUCAAUUCCACGGCGUAUCUGAGCACCGCAGAAAAUCGUAUCAAAAUGGUUAUCAAAGUGUACAUCAGCGGAAUGUCCGGCAACAAAGAGGUGAAGAAACGCCAACAGCGGGUCACGAUGAUCAUGGACAGCAAGCACAUAGCGUACACCAUCAUCGACAUCACCGAGCCGGGCCAGGAGGCGGAAAAGGACUUCAUGCAGACGAACGCGCAGCACAAAGGAUGCACGAUCAGUGAUCCGAACCCGCGGCACGCGCUACCCCCGCAGCUGUUCAACGACACCGAGUACUGCGGCGAUUACGACGACUUCGAUCUGGCCAACGAGGUGGACAACCUGGAGGUGUUCCUGAAGCUGGCGGCACCGGAACCGGAACACAAAAAUGGCACCGCGGAUGAAUCGUCAGCCCCUGCUGCUGCUGCUGCUGCCGACGACGUUGAGGACGAGAAUAAAGAAAACAAGACUGAAGACAACGGUGCCGGGGAUGCUGCGGAGGCUGGCGAGGAUGCAAAUGAGGCCCCACCGAAAGUUGGAGGAGAGGUGCAAUCCAAAGAGGAAUCGGUAGACGAAGAGCGGACAGUGAAAGUAAGCGACGUAGAGAACGAACCAGUAGAAAGCACGGAUGCAAGUAUCGAAGAGAAUGAUAAGGCCCCCGCGGAAGAACCGGAAGCAGACAAUCAAUCAAUUGAACCCGCAGAUGUCGGCUCGGUGAUAACGCAAUGGAAACCCGAAAACUGUGACAACGAGGAUGAGGAGCUCAACAGCGAACAGGAGGAUCAUACAGCAGAAUCCGUUCAACCCGGUGACGUUUCGCUUAGGCAAGAAGUUGUUUCAGAUGAUAAACCAAAUGACACCAACGAAGAGGAUUCUGAGAUCUCGAAGGAUGACGGUGAAAUGCUGGAAACUGAUGAGGAUCCGGAGAACGAAGAAACGAACACCGACGAACUGUUGUUACCCAGUGUCACAGAGGAAGUAAAGGCACCUGUUGCUUCUACGCAUGACAGUGAGCCGGAACACGAGCGCAUGGAAGUCGAGCAAGAUCAGGACCAAGGCGCGAAGGACGAAGACGAAUCAGCGACCAGUGAAGACGAAUCGGACGUCGACAGCCAACCGGAAGCAGGAUCUAUCAAGCCGCGGAGAAGCUCGACAGUGUCCGGUGAUGCCGGAAGUAGUACACAAGGAGCAGAUCCCGAUGGCGAGGAUCUGUCGGGCGGUGAGGCAACGAUGGAAGCCGAUGCUGGUGGUGCUGUCGAUGCGGAAGAACAGGAGCUCCGACGUGCAUCUGCGGCCCUAGCCGGUCAGAGUGAAGACGCCGCUGAGCAGAUCGAGAUCGACGAGGAUGCUGACGAUGAUGCCGAGGACACCGGCGACGUCAACGCUGCAGAAGAGGACGUCGCCUCCAGCAAACUGAUCGACACCGACGAUCCCAUGAUGGCCGAGCAGGAGCAGGAAGAAUAAAUCACACAAGCAACACCAUCCGCGCCGUAUCCUCAUCAUCACAUUCUUUUUUGGUUUUUGGUUUUCAUCAUCAACAUCGCCCCCUGCGAGGGGGAGCCAUUCAGGGAUCAGCCGGGAGGGGGUUUUUUAUCCUGCCGACGCGCGAAGGAGCGAAAACGAGAACGAAUGGAUUCGAGUGUUACUGCUGCCACCAGGAUUGGGAGGUGGGUGGGAAAUAAAAACUACCAUAAUUUUGUAUACUUUAACGCUGGCGAAGGGCGCCGCCACAUCGACGAAAGGCUGCGGAUCGGGAGAGGCACCACUUCACCUCGCUCGAAGUUAAACGUCUUGAAGGACGUCCCCCCAAAUGGACAUCCUGUUUGAAAGUUGCACGAACAGGUGAAACAUGCCGAUCGCAGCAGGUGGUUCCGGUGGAAUCUCAGUGUAGCGUGUAUGGUUGUGGUCGCAUUUAAAUGUUGCCCACUGAGGGAAAACAAAGGCAAGAAAGCGGGCGAAUAUUAUGUCGUUGCACGCGCGUUGCCCACCGGUCAAGAGAUGUGUCGUGAUGUGACUCGUAAUGCAAGGUGAUCAUUUGUUAAGGAAACUACACUCAAUAAUCUAUUGUUAAAGCGGAA